AUGGCAUCCUCAACCCAAGACAUAGAUAUCAUUCAAUUUCCCACCUCAUCCGUCGCAGAGAAGGACUGCUACAUUCCACCAGCCACACCAGGUCAACAACGUAUCCUCAAAGCGGGCACCGUACAGAUUGACGGACAUCGGCCUUUGACUAAAGACAUAAUUCUAGACGAUGACAUUCCCAUCGUGGUCCGAGAUGGCGUCACAAUCUUCGCGGACAUUUACCGCCCUUCAUUCACGGCCUCCUUGGAUGCAGCAAAAAUCCCAGCAAUCUUAGUUGCGGGCCCCUUUGGCAAAAACGGAGGUAGCAACAAGAACAACUUCAAUAAAUGGCCAUGGCGUUUCGGAUGUCCGCGAAUCGCGACUUCAGGGUUGGAGAAGUUCGAGGGACCAGAUCCAGAUUAUUGGUGUUAUAAUGGGUAUGCAGUCGUACAUACAGACUGUCGAGGGACCUGGAAAUCCGGGGGGGAUGUAAUUGUACCUUCGCAGAAGGAAGGAGAAGACAAUUACGACAUCAUCGAGUUCAUUGCACAGCAAGAUUGGUGUAAUGGUAAAGUGACCAUGGCGGGUAAUAGUUAUCUUGCCAUGACUCAAUGGUUUACUGGUGUAGAGAGGCCACCUCAUUUGGCUUGUCUGGCGCCAUGGGAGGGUAUCUCAGAUACUUAUAACAAUAACAUUCGUCGAGGAGGCGUACCGAACCCUGGCUUCAUGCAAGGCAUGCUUAAAGGUGAUGUUGUCAGUUUCACGGGCAAUAAGGGAAUUGAUAUGCAUGCCAUGUGUUAUAAAUACCCUGCCUGGAACAGCUUUUGGGAUAGCCUUUGUGCCGAGGUCGAGAAGAUUCAGUGCCCUUUAUACAUUGUUGCCAGCUGGACAAACUUUUUGCACACAACUGGCACGCUUCGUGCCUGGGAAGAAAGUGGCAGUAGUGAGAAAUGGCUUAGGGUGCAUAAUACUCAUGAAUGGCCCGACCUAAAUGAUCCAUACAACGUUGAAGAUCUCCGCAAGUUUUACGACUAUUAUAUGAAAGACAUACAAAAUGACUGGCCGAUGACCCCUCGAGUGCGACUUAGUGUUUUGAAUGCCGGAGGAAAGGAUAUGAUCAAUCGUCCCGAGACAUCAUUCCCACUCGAGCGAGAAGUCCCUUUCAAACUGUACCUACACCCCGAUAGCCGGAGUUUAUCCGAGGCACAACCAUCCGCCCAGUCAGACGUCUCAUACGACGCCGUCACUGGGGACGUUGUCUUCUCAUGGCCCAUCCAGGAAACCGUCGAAUUCACCGGUUACAUCAAUCUACAUCUCUGGGCUUCCACCACAGACUCAAAUGACAUGGACAUAUUCGUAAAGUUACGCAAAAUCAAAGCCACAACAAAGGAAACUUUAGAGUCAGUCUUGGUAGACGUAGGAAGACUCACCCCGAACCCUGAAAAGGAGCGUCAAGAACUUUUGAGCAAACAUGCCGCUGAUCCUAAAUUCGGUGCUGCUUUCUUCAACUCUGGACCCAUAGGGUGUUUGCGCGCGAGUCAUCGAGCUCUUAACCCGGAAAAGUCAACUCUACUGCGUCCAGUGUAUACCCAUGCGGAAGAAAAAUUGCUCAAAGAUGGGGAAAUUGUCCCAUUGGACAUUGCGAUUUGGCCGUAUGGAAUGAUUUGUAACCCUGGCGAGGAGUUGCAGCUCAUCAUUUCGGGGUAUCACCCUGAACCACACUGUCGACCCACUGAUCCAUUGCCGGAGUUGAGGAAUGAAGGUGUCCAUACUAUAUUGGCUGGAGGGGAGUAUGAUUCUUAUCUUUUGCUACCACUUAUUCCGUCUAGGAAAGCAUGA